CUGGCGCUCCCCUCGCCGGCUCGGCCCCGCAGAACCCGCGCGGCGCGCUAUGCCCGACUACGAGUUCAGCCCGGCGUCGGGGGACAGACCCCGCAGCGGCAUCUCUAAGCAAGUCCUGAUCGUCCUCGGCGCGUGUCUCCCGGUGAUUCUGGCCCUGGCGAUCUGGGUGGGAGUCCUGAGCUGGCGCCAGAGGUCCAUGGGCACCACCGACCGCUUCUCUGCGAUCGUCCUGGGGCGAUGCCUCACCUACACGCAGAACGUGCACCCGGAGCUGAGAAAUCAGGAUUGUAAAAAAAUACUGAAUGCCUUCACAAGUGCAUUUGUUUCCAAGGACCCUUGCAGCAUUACAAAAGAAGACUAUCAACCACUGAUUAAUUUGGUCACUCAAACUGUUCCUUGCAACAAGACUCUCUUUUGGAGCAGAUCAAAAGAGCUGGCCCAUCAGUACUCAGGGAUCCAGAACGAGAUGUUCACUCUGGAGGACACGCUGCUGGGUUACAUUGCUGAUGACCUUGUGUGGUGUGGAGACCCCAGAACUUCUGAAGUGAAGGAAGAAUUUUGCCCAUAUCGGAAUGAAAACUGCAGCAGCACUGCUACUUCUGUGUUCUGGACCGUGGUUUCUCAGAAAUUUGCCGAAUCUGCCUGUGGUACGGUCUAUGUGAUGCUCAAUGGGUCCGGAACUACAGCCUUUAGCAAAGCCAGCACUUUUGGAAGUGUGGAAGUCUUCAAUUUGCACCCAGACAGGGUUCAUACACUUCAUGCCUGGGUGAUGCAUGACAUUGGAGGAGUUUCAAGGGACUCGUGCUUAGGUUCCUCCAUAAAGGAGUUGAAAUCGAUUGUAAACCAGAGGAACAUUUCCUUUCUCUGCCAGGAUGACUACAGGCCUGCCAGGUUUGUCCAAUGUGUGAGACGUCCGGAGGAUCCGGCUUGCAGCACCCUGAUGUGAGCCCGCUGCCAUGGUGGCCGCAGAUCUUCAGCCCCCUGUUCACACCAACACGCACAACACCAGAUGUACUGGUGGGGGGCAGAUGUGGAGGGGGGUCUCCCGCCAAGAUGUGAACACAGAGAUGGAAAUCUUUUCCUUCAAAGGCUUGAAAUAGUUUGUUAUUGGCAUAGCUUUUAUUGUAAUCUGCAGAUACUCAAAAGUAUUAUUGUACAAAUUUAGAAUGAAAAUUUUAUAUUGUUAUUUCAUGUUCAUGUGACAAACCUUUCUUAUUAGACCAGACAUGGUCUAUAUAUUUUUAUAGCCUUCCUACAGAUGGUCAAACUGUAAACUCAUGGUUAUGGGUCAUGUUGGGAAUAUCCCUUGGAAAAAUUAUUUUGUAGGAUAUUUUGUGUAGGAUGUUUUACCUCUAACCCUUCCUAGAGCUCCAUGAGCUUGGUAUUAUUAUUUCCAUUUUUCAGAUGAGAAAAUGGGAGUUUAGAGCAGUUACGUGAUUUACAUAAAGUAAUUCGUCUAGAAUCAAGGUAGAGGCCGGAUUCUCACAUCUGUCCAUCUCUGAAGUACAGGUGCUCUCUCCUUCCAGGUCUAUGAUAGACCUAGAUAUGACAGACAGUACGUUAUUUUCUCUUCCAACACAUGCAUGUAGCAUUGAAUUGAAUACAAUAGAAUCUGGAAUGUGAUCUUUCUAGAUGGCUUCAUAACAAAUACUUUCCCGUCCUUCGCCUCCUCCUCUGUCCCUGUUCAGUGAGUCAUAUAUGUUGGUACGCACUUCAAUGGCAAUUUAUGCAUUCUCCCUUCUUGUCUUGGAUCCAUCAUACUUGGGAAUCAUACAUUUUGCUACUAUUUCAAAGAACUAACCUACAGCUCUGUUGAUUUUUUCUUUGUAUUAAAUUGCUUUUUGCUCCUCUCUUUAUUAUUAGAAAUACAAAAAUUCUUUUGAGUUUCUUUGAGUAUUUUUAUUCAGCAUCUUGAAAUGAAAGCUUGGAUCACUGAUUUUUCAGCCUAUAUUCUUUUUUCACACAUGCAGUUUAGUCUAUAGAUGUUUCCUGAGCUCUGUAUUAGUUGUAUUUCUUUUAAAAAUGUAUUUGAGAAGCAGAGAUAGACAUAUAGAUAGAUAGACAGAUAGAUAGAUAGAUAGGUCUUUCCUCCCCACCUGUACCCAACAGCUAGGACUGGCCCAGGCCAAACCCAAGAGCCAGAACCUAAAUCCAGGCCUCCCCUGUAGGUGGCAAGAACCCAAUUACUUGAGCCAUUACCUGCCGCCCCCCAGGGUUGGCAUUAGCAGGAAGCUGGAGUCAGGCGUUAGAGCAGGUGUUUUGAUAUGUGAUGUGGGUGUUUAAACCAGCAUGUUAACUACUAGUCUGAACACUCACCCUGCAGCUACAGCUCUUGAGUUUUAUUAUGUCCCUUUCAUUAUCAUUCACUUAAAGAUGUUUUCUAUAUGUUGUAAUAUUUCUUCAAAUAAAUCUCUCCU